AUGGAAGAAGAUGAUACGAACCAAAGUGGAAGAUCAACAACAAUAGUAGGAGAACAUGAGAGAAACAUCAACGACUGGCUUUCCAUCACUAAGUCCAGAAAUGCAAGGUGGUGGUAUUCCAGUUUUCACAAUGUCACUGCGGUCGUAGGAGCAGGAGUUCUGGGUUUUCCCUACGCUAUGUCAGAGCUAGGAUGGGGACCAGGCGUAACAAUAUUGAUUCUUUCAUGGAUUUGCACUCUCUACACUGCAUGGCAAAUGAUUGAAAUGCAUGAGCCUGAACAGGGUAAGAGGCUUGACAGGUAUCAUGAGUUGGGGCAGUAUGCGUUUGGAGAAAAGUUAGGACUUUGGAUUGUUGUGCCCCAGCAACUAAUGGUUCAAGUUGGGGUUAACAUAGUAUAUAUGAUAACGGGUGGGAAUUCUCUAAAGAAGAUAUAUGAUACUAUUUGUGUUGAUGGAUGCACUCCCAUUAGAAGAACGUACUUCAUCAUGAUGUUUGCUGCUAUUCAAUUCGUUCUCUCUCAUCUCCCUAGUUUAAACUCCAUCGCUGCUGUUUCUUUUGUUGCAGCUGUCAUGUCCAUAAGCUACUCCACCAUGGCGUGGAUAACGACAGCUCACAGGGGGGUUCAACCAGGGGUGGAAUAUGGUAGCAGAUUUUCAACCGAUGCAGAGAAUGUAUUUGGGUUUUUCAGUGCUUUGGGGACAAUAGCUUUUGGGUAUUCUGGGCACAACGUAGUUUUGGAGAUCCAAGCAACCAUACCUUCGACACCUGAAAACCCCUCAAAAAAAGCCAUGUGGAAGGGCAUGGUGGUAGCUUAUAUCGUAGUGGCCCUUUGUUAUUUUCCUGUUGCUUGUAUUGGUUACUGGGCUUUCGGAAACGCUGUUGAUGACAGCAUCCUUCUCUCCCUCGAGAAACCACGCUGGGUCAUUAUAGCCGCUAACAUCUUUGUUUUUGUCCAUGUAACUGGCAGCUAUCAGGAUUCUUUGGAGGAUUUGUGUUUGCUCCAACCUCAUACUUUCUCCGAUUGGCGCAUUGAGACAGAUUAUACUUGA